UUAAUGUUAGUCUUUUUUUUCAUUUUUUGGUUGUUUCUUACCUCUUACACAUUUAAAUUUCUGAUACUUUUUGUUUCAAAACUUUUUUCCGGGCUUUGCUAUUUUUUAUAUAACGGCGAACCUUUCCUUGAUUCGCACUAUUUCCUCUCUGAAGACAAAACGGGUCUAGGAGCUCAACGAAGAAGAAAGCGUUCGCUGGAAAGUAUACAAGAUAGACCAGAGGUUGCUGAAUUAAUAGUAGACAGGCCUAGACGACGAGUUAAACGUGAUUAUAUUGAACAACCUUCAAUAAUUGGACCGCUUGAAGAAACUCAAUCUGGCAGAAAGCGUCGUCAAACAACAUUUUUUGAACGUCGUCCUGUUCCAAAAUUGCCAUUUCCAGAUCCUUUAUAUCAAGAUCAAUGGUAUUUGGUUAGUUUUUUUUGUUUUUUUUUAAUUUUUUGACAAGGAUUUGGUAUUUUUUGGGUGCCAUUUGAUAGAGGACCCUCGACUUUGUAUUGCCAAGUGAUAUCCGUUUUCUUGCAAAAUCACUUUGGGCCCAGCUGAAUUAAUAGUAGACAGACCUAGACUCCCAAAAAGCCGAAACCUCAAACUCGACCCCGAACCUCGCCUAAAAGUCAACCCUAACCCCGAAACCCGACGUGCCCUCCUCGGCAAACCCCGAUCCCCGACACUCC